AUGAUCGUUCAGGUAAGCGCAUUCUUUUUCUUCUUCUUCUUCUUCUUCUUCUUCGCUGGAGUGAGUAUCGAUCGAUUCUAUCAGGUGCUACUCAAGGAGCGGAUCAAUGAGUUUGAUUUCCGGGAAUGGACGGUUUCGGUGGCUUGCGGUCUCGGAUCCCAGCGACUGCGCUGGCUCGCGCAUGCGGCGUGUGCGCGCAUGGCCUACAACACAGGCAAGCGAGAAUUUGGGAAGAAUGCUUCGUUAUUCAUGGAUUUCUUCCCUCUCUCAGGUGAUGUCCCUGCGAAAUAUGUGCCUCAAGCUGUGCGAUCCAUGGGAGGAGAGGUGUUUCACCCCGACUUGAUUAUCAACAAGACUCUACAAGAUGGUGCUCAAGUGGAAGUCGAAUGCUCAAGAGGGCCCGAGUCCUUCACUGUUUACUACGAGGGAAAGCCAGCUCCGGUCAUCAAGGAUUUCUUUCCCAAAAAACAAGAAGAAGAAGAUAAAAAACCAGAAGAACUAGAACAGCUUACUAAAACUCCUUCAGAAACUGCUCAAGGUCAACCUCCUCCUACCGAAGCCCCACCUGCACAAACAACAGAAACUCCACUGGCCCCAGCUGUGGACAGCGAGGGAAAUCCUCUUCCUAUGGAACCUCCACCUCCCCUUCCUCCGCCUGAUAAGAGAGUCGUAUGGGCCAACACUGUUCUAGACUCCAUAGACUGGACGAAGUAUCCUGUUGCCGGAGAUCUUAACAUCAAUUAUGAGACUUGGGAAAAGGACUGUGGAAUCGUGCAAUCGGUCUUAAUCUGGUACUGUGCCAAAGGCGAUGAGAUCGAGGACAAGGAUUUUGGAGUACUCAAUUGUGAGCAAUUUCGAGAAAUAUUUGUUGAUACAAAGCUGUGUAUUGAUCAAGCUGGUGAGGAUGUGGUCGAUAGUUGUUUCGAUGACGGUUUAAAAGCUACGAACUGCCCAUCAGCUUAUCAGCUUUCACUUGUGGAGUUUAUUCCCGCACUCGUCCAAUUUGCCUCAUCCUCGUUAUUCGAACCAUUUGUACCAGAGCGCGAUAGACAACAUCUAUCAACAAGGGUAGCUUCAUAAGGCACAUUAUAGCUAGAAAAUGGCUCGUCUUCACAGGUCACGCAUCUCAUUCGCAAUUUCUUAGCACGGACCUUGAGCGAGCAAAUCUCAGCGGGGCUUAAAGAACUGCACAAGGCAGCCAA